GAGGCGCCGCUGAGCGCCCCUGCGCGCGAACGCCUUGCACCGCCGGGGCUCCACGGGCCGCCGCAGCAGCAGAAGUUGCAGCGCCGAGCGGCCGCGGCCGCGGCCUUCGCCGCGAGGGACGCCGCCUCGUCGGAGGCUGCGCCUCAGGCGGCAGCUUCACCGUCCCUGGAGCUGUUGGACGCUGUCGCAGCUCCACCGAUCCUGGCACCGGUCCGCGAGGAGGUCGCCAGUGGCACCGAGCCUGGCGGCGCCUCCCUGGCGCAGCGUGGGCAGGCAAGCUCUUCAGGCGGGCAGCUGCCAGCGUCCUCGUCGUCCUCAGACAGCGGGGAAGGAGAGUCCACGGACACAUCGAGCUCCUUCGCCAGCCUGCCACUGCCUGAUGGGCUGGCCGGGGACGGUCGCGUGCAGCUGCGGGUGCUGGCGCAGUCCGACGCGGGCGAGAAUGCGGUGACCUUCACUCUGCCGCAAGACGCGCCCCUGGAGCGGCUCAUGGAAGCGUGGUGCAAACACCAAGGACACGUGCAUAGGCCUCGCCCUGGCCUCUGUCAUCUCGGAGCGCCUGCUGAGCGUCACCCCAGGCAUCCAGCGAGCAGGGCCGGACUGGGAUGGCCGCUCCACGGAGAUUGUCGUGCGCGUGCUGCCACGGCGGGCUGCGCAGUGAGCGAGGCUGAGGGCCGUGCACGCGUCGCGGCCGGAGAGAAACGGCCCGCAUGA